GCAGUCGGUUUCUCAGUUUUUACAGGUACAGUUAGUUCAGUUUGUUUGAUGGAUUUUUGAAAAGUUUGAUAGUUUUUUUAAUUUAUAAGUCUCAGCCAUCAAGUAAUCGACACAGCAAAGAAAAAAAUAAAUUUACAAGUCUCAUCUAUAAGACAACAACAUGAUCAUGGACAAUCAAAAAACCACCAGCAAAACUACGCUGCUCAAACUUCUGUUGAUGCGUGCCUGGAAAGAACGCUGGACCGACUGUCAGUGGGGAAUCAACGUGAAAACGGUCUUGACCCGUGGCGUAAGUGGCGAUGUCUACAAUCUAGCUGACUGUAUAAUACAACAAGCAGUGGUUGGUUCCGGUGCCAAUACGCUCUUUCUGUCUUACCUUAAGCAUUCGCUAUGCGCUCAUCUUAUCUCCCACGCAGCAGUUUUAAAGCGAAUCUCAAAGUACGAACACUUUGACAUGUCUCAUUGCCUGAUCGCUUUGUUGGAGUUCCUUGACUCCAUCGUCGUUGGAGUAACCUGUCGGGGGAAGCAGGAGGAAAGUCUUCUGACCAAAGCGAUGGUUUCCCUGGUCUAUUGGCUAAUGCAGAUCUACGAACAUGCAAUUGAAACAUUUAGCGAGAAUCGUUCAUUGACGGGCGAACAACAGGAAGUAGUGGAAAAAAUGGCAAAUGUUUUGGAGAAGAUUGUUCAGAGCCAAUUUCUUCUGGGUGUUAUAUACGUAGGAAAAUUCGAAGAUCCGGAAAUGUUUACACCCAUAGAGAAAAAAUGUAGUCGGAUUGAUAACUUAACCGCUGCUUCCGGGUUUGUUCCACCAGUAGUAAGCCAGAAGAACAUGACGGUUAAUGAUUAUAUCCGUAAGGUAGCGUGCAUUGAGUGUGAUACUUUGGAUAUGAAGGAAUUUAACGGAAAGUGCGUAGAGCCAAUCUCCUACUGUUUGCAACCGCUUAUAGCGAUCGAUUUUAUUCUCAAUCCAAACCUCGACACUCACACUUACGUUUGCAAGUUUCUAUCCAUCCAACGGCUCAAAGGUUAUUCUCUAUCUCGAUUGUACUAUGAGCUUAUCCGAGGUUGUUUGAUCUGCUUAAACAACGUAAAUGGUACGGCAAGAGAAUCAUUUGUUUGCGCAUUCACCUUCAUCAAGGUGCCGCACAUCCUUCGGCAAAUUCACUUCCAAUCACGUUUGUUGGACCCGAAUGAAUUCGAGGACACCAAGUUGGACUACUCGCCGGAGAUUGUGGAAGCAUUUGAGCUGCUGCUACAGGAUGCGCCGAUUCUGGACUAUGUUGAUGCUAAAUGCGCCUGCAAUACUAUCGAGUGUCUGCUGAAUGAGAUGCUCAAGCACCAUCUGGUCAAUGAGCACUAUGUGAAGCUGAUCGCUGCAAAACGGGACAUGAUAACUGCUGGAUUGCAGAAGCUGGAACUGAAUAGCAACCAACAUUCGAUCGUAAAGUUCGUUUGUCGAGCGGAGCCUCCGCUGGUUGGUAUUUUGAAAUCCCUGAACGCAGACUACAACAAGAUGCAGGAGGCGAUGCUAGGCGUACUCUGUCAGGUGUUGUCCGGCAACAGUUUCGAGCUCAUCCUUUCGGUGGCCACCAUGGAAGGGAAGCUGAGAACGUUCGUUUCCGGGCUGAUUAAGUGCAACGAAAACUCCAAGCAGGUCCCGGGAGAAAUAGGCAAACCGGCCAUGACCCGCGCCGCCUUAUUUGACGUUACCUUUUUGAUGUUGACCUUCAUAGUGCAACACUACGGUUCCGACGUCGUCCUCACGGAGAAUAGUGAUUCGUUCUAUGAAAAGUGGGUCCGGGAUUGUAUGAUUGAAAAACACAAAUCUAAAUCAGCGAUGAGCAUGGUCAAACUGUGUGAUCUAAGUAAGGUCGAUGAGUUAAUUGUAAGUUUAAACUCACCGGAAGGACUGAAGGCGAGUUCGCUAAAAUGGCAGGAUAUCUGUGCCAACAUUCCCGGGUUGUUAUAUCAAGUCCUACUUGCGUGGGAGAACGAAACGCUUUCCACGGGAGAGAUUAAAAAGUUUCUGGACAGCUUGAAAUCUCGCUUCUGCUGCUUUUCGAUCUGUGCCGCUUCGUGGCUCUGUUCGUACAUGCAGAUCGUCCGGCAGGAUGAGCUGCUUAAACCAAUGAAUAUGGUUCAACAGUUUUUGACUGCAGUCAACAGCGAAGAUAUGCUACAACAGGAAAACUUUAAGGAAAGAUUAGUGUUGACUGUUCAGAUUGUGCGCAAAAUGCAGCAAGAUUUCCAGCGAUUAUCGGGGAGCUCCAAUGUGAAAAUCAGAACCUUGUUCCAAUCACCAAAUUUAAUCUCCCAGUCUCCGCUGGAGGAACAGUUUGAAGAGGUCUGGAAGCAUGUGGUUGAACGGGGUUGGCUACCCAUUGACUCGACGCUAAUUUUGGACAACCUGAUGCAGUCGUGCGGACCGUUUUGGUUGGUGGACAAACUGGUACAACAGAUCUUCCACUGCAAAUACGUCAGGGAUAUGAACAAAACGUUAGAUAUUGUUUUUGCAAUCAUGCAUUUGGAUAUCGAAAGGUGCACGAUUGCGUUGCUGACGCAGUUAGUUCCUAUGAUGCUGCUAAAUAAACUACAAAUUUCCGAAAUCGUUGACCCUUUCUCCCGUGUGCUCGCCAAACUAUGCGUCUACUGUAUCACGGCCACCAUGGAGGCGCCGAUUUCGCCUAGUAAAAAACGUACUCGCACGGCAAUGGCGGGUGAGGGAGAUGACUUGGAUGCACUCGGUCCGACACCCAAAAUGCGUAAGGUGGGAUCCGAAUCGUGCGAUUCCAGCUCCAGCGAUUUUAUGCUGGAGAAUGCCCUGGCCGCCAGGGAUGGUCCUACGAGUUUGAAGGAACCAUUGCAAAGUUGUCUACAGGCACUCUUCAAAACGUUCUCUCAGUACAUUGUAUCCGAUGAGUUAUCGCCUAAAAUUUUCUUCAUGUUCCAAUUCCUCUCGUUGCUGGUCGAGGUAGGAAAGGAAAGAAUAAAACCUGUUCUGAAACUGAUACCAAACGGAUUGAUUCAGAACAUGCAGAAGAUCAAUGCCACUGAGGAUAUGACUGUUGGGUUUAUUUUAAGGUUGUACGAUCUGAACACAGUCUCCGGCAGACAGUUUGCAAUGUCAGAUUUGUGUUUAUUCCGGAAUAUUCAAAUGCGGAAGAAUAGUAUUAAGCUAUACGACUUCUUCAACGGCGAGUAUAACGGCUGGAAGAACUCCGUUCGACACAACCUGAGCUUGAACGAGUGCUUCAAAAAGCUUCCGAAGGAAUGCGGAAAACCGGGCAAAGGUCACUACUGGACCAUUGAUUCCUCGGCCGAGUACAUGUUCGAGGACGAAGGCAGCUUACGAAGGCGACCCCGGGGCUUUCGGCGAAAACAGCAAUUGAAAGCGUACACCGGUGGAAGUGCCUUCUAUCCCGCCGGAAGCACCGGAUACGACAUAGCAGUACCAGAGCUGCAAAGUAGCUACAUCUCACAACCGUACGCAUCGUACGAGUAUCCGAACAGCAACGGACAACCGUUCACCGACUCGUGGCAUUAUCCGUCGGAGGGACUGAGCCAGUACUCAAAAAUCACCCACACGUCCCUACAUGACCCGCAACCGCCGGCGUCCCCCGGACAGCAGAAUCAGAGCUCGAGCAUGUUGGACUACGGCAAUUACUCGUUCGCUUCUAGCCCCUACAGUAUCGAUAAUGGUCUCAAAAUGGCAUCACUCUCUCAGAUGGCACCUCCGCCGUCAUCAACGGUUGGACCGGUAUCUUCAGCACACUCACCAUCAUCAGCAGCUCCCGGUAAUGGCAAUGGUACGGUGUCGGGUGUCGUGACAAUGCCGACCAAUGGCAGCUCCAAUGGGAUGGGAAUGGACUGCAGCAAGGUGGUAACCGGUUAUUCCGGUUCCCCUUUGGGAAGUCAUUCUACGAUGUUGGGUUCACAGCAGCUGCAUCACCAUCACCAUCAUCAUCCUCACCACAAUGGCUCUAAUAGUGGGGUGGGGCUGAACACGGUGCUGAUUGCCAACGGGCAGUAUGAUCACGGAAAAUAUUCUAACUGAUGAUGGGAUGCGAAUAUCGUGAAGUGAGAGGGAUUUGAUAAAAGGCAUGUUUGACAAUUUGAAAAGUACUAAUAGGAUAAGAUAUAGAGUAAUGCUCGCGUGAUGAAGGUUUUCGUCUAUGUGUAAAUUUGUUCA